GGACUUGAGGCUGUUUGGAUUCUUGUUUCAUUGAAGAUGCGUCCAGUUUAAAGUUUGAAAUUUCGUUGGAAAUUUUAUCGAUUGUUUUUUUAAGAUGUCGACGAUUCGCAGUCCAGUGGAUGAGUAUGGGUUUCAAAGACCAGAUGACUUUGAUUACAACAGUUAUGAACACUUUAUGACAAGCUAUCUCCGUGUCUUGGCCAGGAGAGCAAGCAGAUGGCAAAGAUUCGUCAGGGGAACUUCAAAAGUCAAAAAGUCCAGAAAAGUUAAGAGAUUUGUCAGGAAGGGAGUACCUCCAAGCUACAGGGGACAGGUUUGGAUGGAUAUUAGUGGUGCUAGAAAGAGGAAAAAGAAAAAUCCAGGCUAUUACCAGGGUCUACUGGAACAAGAACUGGAUGAAAUAGUGAAGAAUAGUAUCACUACAGAUAUAGACAGAACCUUUCCAGAGAAUAUAUUUUUCGGGUCAUCUCAAAAGGACCUGCGCAAAAAUCUUUACAAUGUGUUAUAUGCCUAUGCAUUGCACAAUCCAAGAAUAGGCUAUUGUCAGGGUCUUAACUACAUCACUGGCAUGCUUAUAUUGAUUGUUAAGAAUGAAGAUUCAGCAUUUUGGUUAUUAGAUGUAAUGAUGUCGAAACGGCUUCCAGAUUACUAUGCAAAGGAUAUGCUUGGGUUGCAAGUGGAGCAUGAGGUUUUAGCUCAACUUGUCAAGAAGAAGAUGCCACAGUUACAUGCUCACAUAGAGAAGAUUGGGUUAUCAUAUAGUAUAUUCGCCACUAAAUGGUUCAUUUGUUUAUAUAUUGACGUACUGCCCGUGGAGACAGUGCUUCGUAUUUGGGAUUGUCUAUUUUAUGAGGGCUCAAAAGUUCUCCUUCGAGUUGCACUGACGUUACUAGCUCUCCACGAGUCCCAGCUUAUGGCUUGUGAAGACUUUCCUCAACUCUGUAAUUCAAUGAAGGAGAUAACUACGAACCCUUCAACAAUGGACUGCCAUUCUUUUAUGGUCAACUGUUUUGAGCUGCCUGGAUCUUUACCGAUACGACAAGUCAAGAAACUUAGAGCAGAAGCACUAAAGAAACUCAGACCGCCAGAAGAUGAUGAGGCAAAAUCUUAAACUAUCUAGACAAAACAUUUUAAUUAUCACAUUCAGUUUUUGUAAUAUUUUUUUAUUUCAAAUUUGGGUUUGGGAAUAUUGAAUCACUUUUAUCAACAUGAGAAUAUUAUUAUAUAUGAAUAACUCACUUUAUUUGGGAAUAGUUUCCACCGAUACUAGUCUCCCCCACAGCCUGUAGCUACUCAGGGGAGAAAGCGUUGCGUGACGACACUGAAAGCGGCUGUGGGGGAGACUAACCGAUACAAGAUGUAUUAGAUUGCCAUCAAAUGUUGAUUAGAAAUUGAGAUGUAAAUGAAACAAAUAUUGCUCUCUUUUGUCCUUUUCUCCUUUCCUGUCACUCAUCCAAGCAAAAAAAUAUGUAAAAAUGAAGAAAAGGAGUAGGAAAAGCAAAAAAGAAAGGAAGAACAAAACAAACAAAUAUGGUGACAAUGACGUCACAUCCAGUUAAACUUAUUACCAGUACUGCGUCCGUACAGAAAUUGUACUGUAAAAACUGUAUUUAGAAAUUUUUAGUUUUUUAAUGUAUAUUUAAUUGUUAACAUGCUAGUGAAGUGUAUAUCAGCGACAAAAAGACCUCGUAAGAAUAGGGAGAAAAGGAAUUGCACCUUUAGAUAUUUUCCUUGCCUGUUGACCUAAAAUUCUACCUCUAUCAAAUAUGCAAUUUCAAUCAAAAAAUAUUCCAAAUAUCUGAGUGCAUGCUCAUGAACUUUGCAUGUACUGUAUUUAAAAUUAUAACGAAUUUAUAACAAAUUAAAACUCUCAUUAUAUCACUAUUAAAAUAAAUGUGUAUUUUGUA